AUGCGGAUCCCCGGUUCUCACAUCCUCACGUUUCUCUCGUUUCUCUCAGUUGCUCUAGGCACCCCGACUAUUGGCCGGCGUGCCAUAGAGAGAUAUGAGGGGGAGACGACGGACAGGCUCAUCUUUACGCUUAAACCAGGCGUUUCCAAAGCCGAUCUCUUCAACCGUCUCCGCAUUCGCAACUUGGACCAGGUGGUCACCCACCAGUGGAGCCAUGCCUUGAACGGAUUUGCAGCCAAGUUCUCCAAGAAUGAUCCCAUCUUGGACGCACUGCAUUCCUCACCCGAAGUCGAAUCCAUCUCGGAGGAUGGGAUAUUCAGCAUUAACGAUCUGGUCACGCAAACCAAUGCAACCUGGGGUCUUGGGCGCUUAAGCUCCGUCGACAAAGUGCCUAGCUUUGGGACUGGGGCGACCAACUAUAGUUACAUCUACGAGGAUGCUGCAGGCAGGGGAACGGAUAUAUACGUUCUCGGAGGACUUUGGUGGACGCGCCAGAUUUGCAGCUACAUUUGGACCCUAUCGAUGGACAUGGACAUGGGACCCACGUCGCGUAAGACCUUCAACAGUACCUCUUUAGCGAACGUCUUGGGCGUCAAAGUGCUUAACGACACAGGCUCUGGCACACUCGCGGAUAUUAUCGCCUCGCUCUCCUUUGGAGGAGGUGCGACGAGUGCACUUGACAAUGCGGUCGUCUCGCUUAUCAACUCUGGGGUGCACGUCGUCGUAGCUGCGGGUAACAGCAACACAAAUGCUUCCAAUGUUUCUCCAGCACGGGUGCCAGCGGCGAUUACGGUAGGAGCUGUGGAUAUCACCGACACCAAAACUGCGACGUCCAAUUGGGGCCCAGCGGUCGACGUGUUCGCUCCAGGGCAGAAUAUUCGAAGUGCCUGGGCUUCAAAUGAUUCCGCCACCGAAAUCGCUUCCGGCACGUCCAUGGCGGCUCCAUACGUUGCUGGCCUCAUCGGAUACUUUAUCAGCUUCGCUGGUAAUACCAAUCCCGCUGAGAUGCAAGCUCGAGUGAAGGAUUGGAGCUUGGUUGGCGUGUUGAAGGGGCUCCCUCAAGGGACGCCCAACAACCUUGUCACCAACUCCUACGUCUGCAAUUUGGUUGAGAUGAUGAUAUGCAUUUGA